UUGAUGGCUCCAGAGGAUAUGGUGAAGACUUCUUUCAUUACUGAGUGGGGUACUUACUGCUACCGAGUUAUGCCAUUUGGGUUGAAGAAUGCAGGAGCCACUUAUCAGAGAGCUGCUACUACUCUGUUCCAUGAUAUGAUGCAUAGAGAUGUCGAGGUCUAUGUGGAUGACAUGAUAGUAAAGUCCCGAGACAGGGCAGAUCACUUAGCAGCCUUACAAAGGUUUUUUGAGAGGAUCAGACAGUUCAGGCUGAGAUUGAAUCCCAAGAAGUGCACCUUUGGGGUGACUUCUGGAAAAUUGCUGGGACACAUUGUUAGUGAGCGAGGUAUAGAAGUUGAUCCAGAGAAAAUCAGAGCCAUACUUGACAUGCCUACCCCGAGGACUGAGAAAGAGAUAAGGGGAUUCCUAGGUAGAUUGCAGUACAUCAGUCGUUUCAUUGCUAGACUGACAGACAUUUGUGAGCCUAUCUUCCGUCUUCUGAGGAAGAAUCAGCCUACAGUUUGGAAUGAUGAUUGUCAGUGCGCUUUUGAGAGGAUUAAGGAGUGUCUCCUUUCUCCUCCGGUUUUAGUGCCUCCCACACCGGGGCGUCCUUUGCUUCUGUACCUAUCAGUUUCAGACAUGGCCUUAGGAUGCAUGUUAGCUCAGCUUGAUGAUUUGGGGAAGGAGCGAGCCAUCUAUUAUUUGAGUAAAAGGAUGCUUGAGUAUGAGUGCAAGUACAUUAUGAUUGAGCGCCUUUGCUUAGCAGUGGUUUGGGCCAGUAGGAGACUUAGACAUUACAUGAUAGAGCAUUCUGUGCUCUUGGUCUCACGAUUGGACCCGUUGAGGUAUCUAUUUGACAAGCCUGUUCUAACCGGUAGGCUCAUGAGAUGGCUGGUAUUGUUGACAGAGUUUGAUAUUCAUUAUGUCACGCAGAAGUCAGUAAAGGGAAGCAUUGUUGCAGAUCAUCUAGCUUCUUUGCCGAUAUCUGAUGACCGAUCAAUUGAUGAUGAUUUCCCUGAUGAGCAGAUAGUUUCAAUGACUAGUAUUACGGGGUGGCGGUUGUACUUUGAUGGUGCCGCCAAUCAGUCGGGGUUUGGCAUUGGUAUCUUAUUGAUGUCACCACAGGGUGAUCAUAUCCCCAGAUCAGUCCGGUUAGCAUUUUCUGAUCAUCACCGGUUGACGAAUAAUAUUGUAGAGUAUAAGGCUUGCAUUACAGGUUUGGAGACUGCACUUGAUCUUGGCAUUAGACAGUUGGAGAUCCACGGGGAUUCUAACUUGGUUAUAAAGCAGACUCAGGGUAUCUGGAGGACACGGGAUGAGAAGCUGAAACCCUACCAUGCUUACUUGGACCUAUUGAUUGAUAGAUUCGAUGUGUUAAGGUAUAUACAUUUGCCCAGGGUGGAGAAUCAGUUUGCCGAUGCAUUAGCCACCUUGGCUUCUCUGAUUGUGAUCCCUGCGGGGGUGAAUGUUAGGCCAUUGUUGAUUGAGACUAGGUCUGCACCAGCUUACUGUUGUCUGAUUGGAGAGAUAGAGGAUCAGAUUGAGCUGCCAUGGUAUCAUGAUAUUUAUCAGUUUCUGUCAUGCGGCACUUACCCAGAGUCAGCCUCGGCCAAGGAUAGGAGAGCAUUGAGACAGUUGGCCACCAGAUUUGUUGUUUGCGGGGAUGCACUGUAUAGGAGAUCACCUGAUGGCUUGUUAUUAUUAUGUUUAGACCGUGCAUCUGCAGAUCGAGUGAUGAGAGAGGUUCAUGCAGGGAUUGUUGCUAGUUUGUACAGAGAUGUCAGGAGUGGUAUUGAUAUUAUUGGGAAGAUCUCGCCCAAGUCUUCCAGUGGGCAUGAGUACAUUUUGGUUGCCAUUGACUAUUUCACCAAGUGGGUGGAAGCUGCUUCUUAUGCUAGGUUGACAGCGGCCAGAGUGGCCAAGUUCAUCAGAUCGCAUAUUAUCUGCCGAUACGGGGUCCCUCAUGAGCUGAUCUCAGACAAAGGGGUGCAUUUCAAGGGCGAGGUGGACACGUUGAUUCAAGAGUAUGGCAUUCAGCAUCACAGAUCGUCUGCAUACAGGCCGCAGACUAAUGGAGCAGUUGAGGCCUCCAGUUUCUAUCAUCUCUAUUCACUUCGCUUCUGUUUUCCCUUCUGUGAUGAUGAUGCGCUCUCGUCCCAGAGCUACCAGUCAGGGUUGAGUCACCUUGCUCACAUGGUUCUGCGAUAUUUGACAUUGCGUACACAAGGGUUUAGCAUUAUCUAUUGGGAGAUUUGGGCCUUUGUUCCCCAUCGUUUCAUUUACCUUUUACCCCUGGCCUACAUUACGGUCUCCAUUACUUCGGGGGAUAUCGAGGGUCACAUAUUGUCUUUCCAUUUAGUUUACUUGCCUCAGUAUAGUGAUGAGAUGCUCAUGGUAGACAUGAGUCAGAUUACCGAUGAUGUUAAGCCAGAGACUGUUUCUCCGCUCGAUCUGUUCAAGGUACUUGCUAUCGAGAUGGUUGAAGAUGUUCAGUUUGUCCCUACUCCUGGGUUAUUUACUAUUAUUGCUCAUGAUGAUGAUGUAUUUGAGGGUGUUACUAGCCCAGUCAUGGUAGAGUCCAAAGUGAUGUCGUUUGGUUUGAAGAAUGCAAGAGUUACUUAUCAGAGAGCAGCGACUACCAUUUUCCAUAACAUGAUGCAUCGGGAUGUUGAGGUCUAUGUAGACGACAUGAUAGUGAAAUCUUGA